AUAUAUAUAUGAUUGAAUUCCACAAAGCAGUAGUAUCAUCAAUUCAUAUAUCAUUGAGUUAGUAUUAUACAACAUAGUAAACAAAUAAAAUGGCAGCAAAAGGGCGCAAGAUUUUGGUUGCAGUCGAUGAAAGCGAGGAGAGCACCUACGCACUGUCGUGGUGUCUCAAGAAUCUCGUCUCCGACAACCAGCAAAAUUACAAAGAUACCCUCAUCCUCCUCUUCGCCAAAACGCAUCCACUUAUCUACCCAGUCGUGGAUACAACAGGAUACGCAACUUCCCCGAGUAUAAUUGCUAUCAUGGAAAAGUACGCAAACGAGUUGGCGGAAAAAGUCAUGGCCGAUGCCACACAAAUUUGCAAAGAUUUCAAUGACCAGAUUACGGUGGAGACGAUGGUGGAGCACGGUGAUCCAAGGGAUGUGAUUUGUGACGUGGCUGAGAGGUUCAAGGUUGACUUUCUGGUCGUCGGAAGUCAUGGCUAUGGUAUCAUUAAGAGGGCGUUUCUUGGUAGUGUGAGUAGUCACUGCGCGCAGAACGUGAAGUGUCCAGUUUUGAUAGUGAAGAAGCCAAACUCAGAUAAUGCAGAUCACUAAUUUCAAAUGCUUCUUCAUUCAUUUUUAUGAUUUUGCAAGUUAAACAUUUGUAGAAUUGCUCUUUGU